CAAAAGACAUUAACUCCAGAACAGUGGGAAAAACAAAAGAGUUAAUUUAUUUAACAAUUUAUAACGCAAAAUAUUAAUGUCCUAUCAUAAAAGCAGCCACAUAAACAGAACUGAAAAAAUUUAAUAUGAUUCACUUCAAAGUGUCUGCACCUGGAAAAGUGAUCUUGUUUGGAGAACAUGCUGUAGUGUAUGGAAAAACAGCUAUUGCAGCUAGUAUAGGUUUACGUACAACAAUAGACUUAACUGAAUUACCUGAAGCAGAACAAGUUAUUAAAAUAUAUUUUCCUAAAGUAAAUCUAUUUAUUAGUAUACCUCUUCAACAAAUACAAAACUUCCUUGUUGUUAAUAACAGCAUAGAAUUAAUAGGGAAUUAUGAAGUAUUUUAUAAUAAGAUAAAGGAAUUUGUUGGUAAUAUCAGUUAUACAAAUCUGCAACAAAAAUUAAGUUUAGAGGCAUUCUUUUAUCUUCUCAUAUACAUUACGCAUAAAGAAGAUAUAAAUAUAAAACCUUUUCAAAUUCAGUUAAACAAUGAAUUUGCAAUUGGUUCUGGACUCGGUAGUUCUGCCUCAUUCGCAGUUUGUCUUGCUGCUUGCUUUUUACAUUGGUCAUAUUUGAGAAAAAAUAUCUGCAAAGAAUUCGGUGUUUCUGAUUUAGAAAUGAUUUCGAAAUAUGCAUUAAAUUGUGAGAGGAUCAUGCAUGGUAAUCCAUCUGGAAUAGAUAAUUCCAUAUGUACGUACGGAUCGAUGAUUGAAUUUAAGAAAGGUCAUUGUAUGAAACCAAUAAGCAAUGUACAAACCAUGAAAAUUCUAUUAGUAGACACAAGAGUUAAUAGAAGCACAAAAGCGUUGAUGGAAAGAUACUUAGAGCUGAAACACAAAUAUCCUGUUAUUAUUGAUCUCAUUAUGGAUUCUAUUGAUAAUAUUUCAAUGGAAGCAAUAAAAAUUAUACAGAAACUUAAAAAUCUUUCAACCACUGAUAAUGAAUCUCUGUAUGAAAACUAUAAACAAUUAAUGACACUUAUUAACAUGAAUCAAGGAUUGUUAGCUACAUGUCAAGUUUCGCAUCCCUCCUUAGACAGGAUUUGUGCAGAAGCACAGAAUUAUGCUUUAGCAGCAAAACUUACAGGUGCUGGAGGCGGUGGGCAUGCAUAUAUUUUAUUGUUACCUGAUACCCAGCCAGAAACAAUUUCUAGUAUAUCACGAAAAUUAAUUGCAGACGGUUUUACUGUCACGUUAACAACUUUAGGGGUUUCUGGUGUACAAAUUCAUAAAUAAUAUACUAUGAAUUUAAAUUAACAAAUAAAUUUUCUUUUGUUUUCAAUA